CUAUAAGAGACCGCUGACCCAAGAACCCGCACUUUUCGGAUUCCAAAAUGGCAGCUCGAGGACUUCGAAUUGGGGUCUCGUCUUUUUUGGGAGGGUCAUGCAAGAACUCUCAGAUUGGACUGGGGGCGUGUCUCUCACGUCUGCGGCUAAAUGGCUUCCACACUUCCCAGGCAUGUAAUAGUGAGAAGUUCUUUGACAAGAUCCUAAUUGCCAAUAGAGGGGAGAUCGCUUGCCGUGUUAUGAGGACAUGUCAGCGAUUAGGGAUCAAGACAGUUGCCAUUUACAGUGAAGCUGAUGCAAAUGCUCUUCAUGUUAAGAUGGCAGAUGAAAGCGUCUGUGUUGGCCCACCACCUACUGGUGCAAGCUACCUCAACAUGAACGCCAUCCUUGAUGCUAUCAGGUCAACUGGUGCCCAGGCUGUUCACCCUGGUUAUGGGUUUUUAUCGGAAAACUAUCGCUUCGUUGGCAGGCUUGAGGAAGAGGGCAUCACAUUUAUUGGCCCCAAUGCAAAGGCAAUGCAUGCCAUGGGAGACAAAAUUGAGAGCAAACUCAUCGGCAAGCGAGCCAAGGUCAACAUUAUCCCUGGAUUUGAAGGGGUUGUCAAGGAUGCCGAAGAUGCAGUCAAGAUAGCAAAUGAGAUAGGCUACCCUGUGAUGCUGAAGGCGUCGGCUGGUGGCGGGGGAAAAGGAAUGAGGGUCGCUUGGAAUGAUGAAGAAGCCAGGGAGGGUUUUAGACUUUCCUCUCAGGAAGCAGCAUCAAGUUUUGGUGAUGACCGUUUGCUGGUUGAGAGAUUCAUUGAUAACCCACGCCACAUUGAGAUUCAGGUCAUUGGUGACAAGCAUGGUAACGCUGUUUAUCUUAAUGAAAGGGAAUGCUCUAUCCAGAGAAGAAACCAAAAAGUCAUUGAGGAAGCACCGAGCCCAUUUGUCGAUCCUGACAUGCGUCGUGCAAUGGGUGAGCAAGCUGUCUCCCUCGCAAAGGCGGUUGGUUAUGAUUCUGCCGGCACAGUGGAAUGUCUCGUGGACUCGCAGAAGAACUUCUAUUUCCUGGAAAUGAACACACGUCUGCAGGUGGAACACCCGAUAACCGAGAUGACAACAGGUGUAGAUAUCGUGGAACAGAUGAUCAGAGUUGCUGCAGGGUAUCCUCUUCCUAUGAAACAAGAAGAUAUUCCACUGAAGGGUUGGGCUAUUGAGAGCCGUGUGUACGCUGAGGACCCAACCAAGAACUUCGGUCUUCCCUCAAUCGGUAGACUCUACAAGUAUAUCGACCCUACACAUAUUAGCCCUAAUGUGCGUUGUGAUAGUGGUAUCGUCGAAGGCAGUGAGAUCAGUAUUUACUAUGACUCCAUGAUUUCCAAGCUUGCCACAUAUGGUGAGACGCGUGACGAAGCUAUUGACUUAAUGAACGUAGCUCUUGACUCGUACGUCAUUAGAGGCGUGACAGACAAUGUAUCUCUGUUGCGUGACGUUUUGAACCAUCCUAAGUUCAGGGCUGGUGACAUCACCACCAAGUUCCUUCCCAUGGAGUACCCCAAGGGUUUCAAAGGUCACGUGCUGACAGAGAAAGAGCGAGAAGAACUCCUAGCGACCUCCGCAUACAUGUUUGUGCAGCGAGUACGACGCGCUAGGACCUUCAAGAAUCAGAGCACUAGCGUUGACAAGGUCACAGCGGAGCAGACAUCCUGGGAGCUUGUUUGCUCACUGCUGGGUGAAUCCUACCCAAUAAAUGUCACUUACAUCGGUGACGGCAAAUACAGGAUGGUAUGCUCAGGAGAAGAAAUUGAGUUCUUCGCCGGCACACCUCUCUCAGCCCCAGUCUUCGAGGGCAACGUUAACGGCAAGAAAGUCCUACUACAGACGAUUUCAAAGCACGGGAACCUGUUUAAUAUCCAGCACUGCGGCACUAUUUACAAGGUCCGUGUUCACACAAAAGCUGAGGAAGAACUGAUGCAGUACAUGCCGGUUAAAGAUGAGGAGGACAUGUCACCAUUCCUCAAAUCCCCCAUGCCUGGUAAGGUGGUGUCCGUAGCUGUCGUCGUAGGGGACGAGGUGAGAGAAGGCCAGGAACUUGCCGUGGUCGAAGCCAUGAAGAUGCAGAACAGCCUGCAUUCCGCAACCACAGGAAAGGUGAUCAAAGUUAACUACAAGGCAGGAGAUAACGUGGCUGAAGGUGACAUAAUGGUUCAGAUCGAGCCAGUGAAGGAGGACUAAACUACGACACAAACCACCCCUGAACUAAAUCUACUUUAGCAACCCCUAAACUAAGUCUACUCUAGCCACCCGUCAACUAAAUCUACCAUAGCCAGCCUUGAGCUUAUUCUGACCAAGUCACCCAACAACUAAAUCUACUCCAGUCAUCUCUCGAUCUAGAUAUACCCCGACUAACUAGAUUUACGUCCAUUUUUCAUUAAGGUUAUGUAAUUCCCCUGGAUAACCUACAAGGAUGGUAAAAAUGUAGACAAAUAAGUUUUUAGGUACCCUUAAUUACUGCUCUAACGUAUAGCUCCAUAGCACUAAAUAUAUGUCAUCUGCACUCCAACCUUCUGUUGUGGGAUCAAGAUGGCGUACAUUCUUGAUUCUGGUCUUGCUAUUCUUAUGCUAUUCUUAUUUUUGGAAUCGUUGUGUAUUCUCGAUAGUAACAAAUCCUUCUCGAAAAAAAACCAAGUUAACUCCUGUUAUGCCUUUCCAGCCCAUGAAAUGAGCCUUUUUUGCCUUACUCAGCACAUUGUAGAACAAUGCCUGUCUAUGUCAGGAUGAUAUCAUAAACCUUUAGUUUUGUGUUGAUAUAAAGCUAGACUUUAAAAGAACUAUAUUUGUAACUAGAUAAAUUAUAAUAAAGUAACUUAAUUGAA